AUGCAUCGUUCUUCAUCGUGGUUGUCAGAUGAGAACGACAUGGAUUGUCGCAGCUCCAAACUUGCUGGAUCGGUUACUACAAGCCAGCCAUUUGGCGCACAUCGGCACAGGCCAGCCGAGUUCAGUGAGUACAGUAGCAGAGAUGAUAGGUUGUUUACAAGAGGCGCAUGCUCUUCUACACGUGGAGCAAUCACUAAUUCACGAUAUCGCCGGGGCAGCGCUUACACUACAUUCGACGGCAGUCGUCGACCACGGCAUCGGGUCAGCGACAUGGAGAUGUAUCGGAUGCAGGACUACGACAAUGUCGUGCAUACACAUAAUGUCGGAGGUCUUUUACUGCAAAAUUCAUGGUCUGGCAGUAACAUGUCAUUAGGCUCAAAUCGCUCGCGGUCUUCUGCUAACCGCGACCGUAAGCCAUCUGGAUGCAACAGGCAGUGCGAUGAGGCGGACUCUGGUUGGUUGAUUUCAAAUAAGGGUUUCAUUGAUCAAUUCUCUACUUUUGCCUCAAUGUGA